UGAUUUGUAAUUCGCAACUUCCAAGUUGCGAGUUGCUCUAGAUUUUUCCAAUUUUCAACCUAGUUUGAUAUAGUUUGUUCAUAAAAAACAUUUUCAAUAAACCAUGUUUUUGAAUACAAAUAACUAUCACUUUAAUUAGUUAUUAACAAUGAAUCACCCGAUAACAUUAUAAUACACUCAACUGCGACGACAUUAAAGAAUGAUUCAGUAUUUGGCGAUAUUCUUAAUCAUUUUUGGGUUGUCAUAUGUUGAAGUGUACGGUUCUCUCGGAGACAGUUUUCCAUCGUACAAAAACUGCGUUUUGGAGUGUAUCGAGAAAAGAUGUGACAAAGAUGGCGUGCGGUAUAAAAGGAACUGUUGUAAUCCCAUAAUAGAUUUCUUCAAAUGGAAAUGUUCAGAAAACUGUAAGUAUGACUGUAUGUGGCCAAUGGUAGAAGGUUUAGUUGAACACGACUGGCCGGUGCCGCAGUUCCAUGGAAAGUGGCCGUUUAAAAGACUACUUGGACUGCAGGAGCCUGCAUCUGUAGCGUUUUCCUUAUUGAACCUGUUUACGAAUCUUGUUAUGUUUAACCGUUUCAAAGAAGAAGUACGUUUUACGCUGCCAUCGUUCAACAUAUGGUCGCUAUACACAUUGGUAUCAGCUAAUUGUUGGGUUUGGUCGGCCGUAUUCCAUGGCCGAGAUACCAUGUUUACUGAAUUAAUGGAUUACAUCAGUGCAUACGCCAUGGUUUUGUUUGCCUUCUACACGAUUGGACAUCGUAUUCUUUUAUUCAGUAAGCAGAUCGUCAAGAGUAUGUUCACGUUAAUAUGCUCAAUGGCGUUUAUCUACCAUUCUUUAUAUCUGCUCACCACAGAGUAUGAUUAUAAGUACAACAUGACUACAAAUCUCCUUGUCGGUGUUGUAACUGGCUCAGCUAUGCUAAUAUGGGCCCUAUUGAAUCGACGAAGGAUGGGCCAUGGGAAAUAUUUAAUAUUUUACGUACUCGGCAUGACUUUGGCUUCACUGUUAGAGCUGGCAGACUUUCCUCCGCUGCUAUGGACGUUCGACGCCCAUUCGCUGUGGCACUUGGCCACCGCUCCAAAUGCUUAUUUUAUGUACAAGUUUGCCAUUGAAGACUGUAAACAUCAGCGUAGGAUGCUGUUAAAAUGACAGUUUCUAGCACUGGGGAUACCUCAGAUACAAGAUGAACAAGAGUAAGACCUAGUUUUAUCUUAUAUUCAUAAACGUACCCAGUGAAAUUUGUUUCUAUCCCCACAUAGUAAUUAUUUAUUUCAUUGGCAUUGUCUUCUAGUCUGCAAGUGUUAAAUUCACAUUUAAACUGAUACGAUUUAAACUCGCCGUCUACCUUGUAAACCUCAAGUGAAUUAUUGUAAGACUGUAGGUUUUGGUUAAAAAAAAAUAACAAUUUUUUUAAUUAUUAAUUAAUCAAAACAAUAGCUAGCGUUAAAACAUAUUUUAAACGGUCUUACUGGAUUUCGUUUUAAUGCUCAGUGUUUAUUUCACCGAUCUUGACAAUACCCUUCUUUUUAUAAACUUAGAUUUUUAUAGACUCUUGAAUUAACUUUCUAACCGUAAAGUAUUAUUAAAAAGAGAAGCGUGGACAUAGGAAUAUUUUUGGAAAUUGUCGUACGGAUUAUUAUGAAUUUAUUUUUACACCCAUAAAGAUAAUAACAGUGUGUGUUUCUAUUGUUAUUAUAUUUUAAAAAACUAUUAACUAACCCAACGAAAUAUAAUCUUGUCUAAAUAAUUGUAUAGACAACUGAUAUCUUAGUUCAACAUAUGGCAAAUGUCAUACUAGUGCUAAAAAUACUAAUUUUCUAAACAUUUACUAAUUGUAAUUUAAAACAAUUAAUAUCCUAUAAACGCUUUGUCGAUACAUUUCUAGUCUUAACAAAUAUUUCACUACUUCAAUGACUACUUAUUAAUUUAGAACAAGCACUGAUAUCAUAAAAUAGAAUGAGUUUUAUUCAACAAGUCAAUAAAUUAAUGUGUUUCUGUAUUGAUAUGAGUAGUAUAUAUUAUAAUAAAUAACCCAACAGUAUAAAUUAGCAUUAAUUAGAUUGAUAUUCGAUUAUUACAAACAACAAGAAUUUUUCAACAAUAGUUUUCGAUGUUUAUUGAAUUUAAAGUUAAUUUUGUUAUUAUAAAAAAAAACUUGAAAAAUUAAUUUAUAGUUUUUCCGCCUUUAUAGUACACAUUUGUAACUGUAUGAUAUUAAUAAAUAACCGUUACCAAACCUAGUGUAGGAACUGAUAUCCAAUUUGUUUUAUUGCUCACGACAUAAAAAACUUAAAGACAAAAAAUAUAAGUAUACAUAUUUUAUUUUUAUUUUGAUAACUUUUUGUUUAGUUUAUACUCGGUAAUUCUGACAGAGUUAAUAUUGUGAUACCCAUGUUGAAAAUGUUUGUGUGAUGUACAUUUUAUUAUGCUCUCUUGUUUCAGUUUAUGUUAUAAUAUUUAGUUCAAUUUAUUUUUAUUUAUUAAUUAAUUUAUAUUGUGUUCAUUUGUAUUAUUUGAUUAAAAUGUAUAAGUCUGAGUUAAUUACCUACAAGUUUUGUUCCAAACCCUUUACUAACAAUAAAGAAAUGUAUUAUUUAAUUUUUAAUU